GGCUCCGCCCCUUAUCCCAAGACUCCGCCUUCUCGAGUGUGUGUGUGGUGGGGGGGUGGCCUUUACCCUAGGCCUUUCAGUUUGCGCAGGAGAGCAGGUCCGCCGUGAGGAGGGUGGGAGCUCCCGCAGCCGUUGACGAUGGAAGAACUAGAGCAAGGCCUGUUGAUGCAGCCGUGGGCAUGGCUACAACUCGGUGAGAACUCACUCUUGGCCAAGGCGUUUAUCACCAAGCAGGGUUAUGCCUUGCUGAUUUCGGAUCUUCAACAGGUGUGGCAUGAACAGGUGGAUGCUUUGGUGGUCAGCCAGCGAGCCAAGGAGCUGAACAAGCGCCUAACUGCUCCCCCCUCGGCUUUCCUCCAUCAUCUGGAAGAACUGCUUCUCCCAUUGUUUAAAGAUUCUGCUCACCAGGAUGCUGCUCAUCCUAGCAAAGCUACUUUCUCCUGUGAUCGAGUAGCAGAGACACUGAUUCUCCGGGUGCGAAGUGAGCUGUCUGGUCUCCCCUUCAACUGGCAUUUCCACUGUACCACAGCUAGUUCUUCACAGGUCUCUCAGCAUUUGAUUCGUCCUCUGAUGGGUGUGAGCCUGGCUUUGCUGUGUCACGGGAGGGAGCUAGCAGCAUUGCUUCGGAUGAAGGACCUAGAGAUCCAGGGCUACCAGGAGAGUGGGGCUGUGCUGAGCCGAAGUCGAUUGAAGACAGAGCCAUUUGAAGAACAUUCUUUCUUGGAACAGUUUAUGGUACAGAAAUUGCCAGAGGUGUGCACUGUUGAUGAUGGAAGGGCAUUUGCCUUGAGUCUGCAGAGUUUGUAUGUGGCAGUCACCAAACAGCAGAUCGAAGCAGGGCAGAAGCGUCAAGGCUCUGGAGAGACACAGACAUCACGCAGCCCCACCUCUCGAGGAACUGAUAGCCAGCUUCUGAAACAGCCCGAACAGCCAGUCUCUUCCACUCCAGCCCUUUCGGAGCCUGAACAUGAGCCCAUGGGUGCUUCAGGCCCUGUGCAGAGACCUCAGCUGGCAAAGGCCAAGAGGAAGAAGCUGAGAGGACUCUUCAGUUGAGCUGCCAUGUCUGCCACCGAGAAGGCCUCCCAGCAUCAUCUGGAACAGCAGGGUGUUCCUCUUCUGGAUGGAGCCGCAGCGGAGGCCAGCGUCUGUGUUGACAGGCCUCCUGAUUGGAAGCUCCCUCACCUGUGGAAGCUUGGCUCUGGCUCCAGCUCACUGCCACUGGCAUUCCAUCCACGAGUGAAGCCAGAUUUCUCUAGAACUAGCGCCCUGUGUGAACUCAAGGAAAGCUGGUCUGUAGACAGACACAUGCCUGAGACACCUGUCUGCGUCUCACAGCGGCCCUCACCAGGCCCACCUACCCCCAGGAAACCCUUUUCUCCUAGAACAGAAUAAAGGCACUCACGCUCCCCUGC